AAUGAUUUGGGUUAUCGUUCGUUUAUGGUUAUUUUUUAUUAGGGAGACGCUCGUGUUUUUUUCUCCGCGGUUGUGUAAAUUAUUUUUGUUAAAGGACAUUACAUUUAAUGGAUUCUAAAGAAGAAAUUAUCGUUGACGAUAUGUUGUGCAAUCCUGAAUACGUUGACGAAGCUGACGAGAAUCCCGGACUUCGACAACUCAUCACUGAAUUUUGGAGGCUGGAUCCUGCUAUUUAUGCUAUUUUGAUCGCUCAUGGAUACACAGUAGAGUAUCUUAAGAUACUUGAUGAGAAGGCGUUAAAUGACGUUUUCUCAGUUGCGAAAUGGACAGGGCAUAAAUACGCUCUUCGCCAAAAACUUUUGUUUUGGGAGGAAAGUGUGCUUUUCCAGAAGACAGUUGCGGAAAUCGAGCCAGUUGAAGUUGAAAGGAGUAAUGGCCAAGUAGGUGUACCUGAAACGACUAAUCGAAAACUAAUUCCAACUACGGUAACAAAGGCACUAUUGGACACAAUUUUGGAGCGCAAUGAGAAAGGGAAAAUCGUAUCCAAGUAUCAUCAGCUGCACCAGCAUCUAGAUAAAACUCACCGAAAGUUUCUGGCUCACACAAUCGUGGAUUACUACAUUGCAAAUCAGCUAUACUUUUCUUUACCGGAUAUGGCACGAUUUGCUGAAUUGAUAACCGAUCGAUUUCCAGCCGAGAAUACCAUAACGUACUAUAAUCCACGUGACAGUUCUACCAACAAGAAGCACCCCUCUGGGAUGCUGUAUGACCGGUUCCACAAAAGGAAAAAAACAUCUGUUCUGCCCAAUGUCAGGAAACCAACUUUUUUCUCAGAACAAAAACAAGCUGCAGCGCAACUUCCACAAGAAGAGAUCAAUCGCUUGGAUACCAUCAAAGUUUGGUUGCGCAACAAUUUUGCCACAAGUGAUAUUUUUUCGAAACAGUGGAAGGACUCGAUUCUCCUGAGGCUUAGAAGCAUUCACCAAGAUAGAGACAUAAAUAAAAUAACGGUUCUUACUGAGUGGCCUCGAUACCUUGAUGAAAACGGAUACUUGCUGGUUGACGUAGACUUCAAUUUUCUCUAUGAAAAGUCGGACGAACAGUGUAAAUUAUUCAAUAAAUGGGAAUGGUUUUGCACAAACUUCAAUGAAUAUAUUUUGUCUAACAACCUCAGAGACCACUAUUCGCUUCAUUUGCUGAGCUUAUUGGAAGGAGCAAACUUUACACAAGAUACGCGAGAUUUUGUCCUAUGCUCUGUUUUUCAUGGCGUUAUCAAGCCUGUAAGAACAUCUGCUAAGAAACUGCCCACGAUACUGCAGGCUCAGCUUGAUACCUGCUUUGUUUGUGAAACACAAGAGGAUUUCGCAGAAUCGUUGGACUCACUUCGAGAGGAAUAUGAAACGGCUGGCAUACCAUUCUCGCCGAGAGUUUAUGCAAUUGGCACAACCAAUCAUCUUGAGUGUUUCUACGUUGUUACGAACAAGCUGCUGUACAAGCUGCCGUCCCUUGUACGUUGCCUGGACGUUGUAGUGAAGCUCAAAUUCACCUUAGAUCUGCAAUUUCCGGAGAGCUGUGAGCUGUUCUGGGCAUUAAUCAGCAGAUAUUUUUAUAAUAUUGAGUACAACAACAAAUCAAGAAAUACCCAAAUAUUGCAGUUGAUUACACAUCUGGAAAGCCACGAACAAUGAACUGCUUUCUGUGCACGGAGUCAUGUUCAACCCAACAAAAUCUUUUGGAUCACCUAACUACCUUCCAUGGAACGCCAUCUACCUUUUCCUAUAAGUGUACGACAUGUACACCAACCAUUUCGUUUCCAGAUAUAAGGCGAUAUAAAAGGCAUGUAACGCAUGCUG